AGCCAAUAGAGGGAGGAGAGAAAGAGAGAGAGAGAUUUUGUUGCUCGGGACCUCAGAAGCGACCCGAUGGCCGCCCAAACCGGUUGAUAAUACUUUGCUGCUAGAAAAGCUCUGUUGCUUUUUUUUUCUCCGUUCGUGUUGUGUCUGCGAUCGUGUAUUGUAGAGCUCUGAAAGCAGUUGGCCGACGUAGUCGUUUCGUUCACUCGAUAGCUUUUUGGUGGUGUGCCCUGUGUGCACUUAUACUUUGACAUUUGAUUACGGUUGUUCACCCCCGUUUCAAGAAUUCAUUACCCCGCUGAAAUCAUCAUGCAGAGUCAGGGAAGUGGCUUACCGGAGUCUCGGUACGGUAUGAGCUACUCCCACAGUGCCUUGACAGGGGAUGGAGUAGACCUUUACGGUCAUGGACCAGACCCCUACGUCUUGCAGCACCAACAUCACAUUGUUGGGCAUGGUGGACCGCCAGGCAUGAGCCCAACAGGCCACAUUGGAAUGGGCUCUCCAGGACAGCAGCACCACCAGCACUCUUCUAAAAGAUCUGCCGAUGUGGCAGGACUCAACCUCAAGCAGGAUCCAAUGGUGUCUGACGUGACCAUGUCCACAAUUGGUAUGGGCCACAGCACCAUGGACGAUGGAGGUUCUGGAUCUGGGGGCCAGAACGGUUCCCAAACAAAGAAGACACCACCACCCAACGGCAAGAAGACCAAAGGUCGUGUGAAAAUCAAGAUGGAAUUCAUUGACAACAAGCUCAGGAGGUACACGACAUUCUCCAAGAGAAAGACAGGCAUCAUGAAGAAGGCCUACGAACUGUCAACAUUGACUGGGACCCAGGUGAUGCUUCUGGUGGCCAGUGAGACGGGACAUGUCUACACGUUUGCGACGAGGAAGCUCCAGCCGAUGAUCACAUCCGAGGCGGGAAAGCAGUUGAUUCAGACGUGCCUCAACUCCCCGGACCCACCGUCGAGCACAGUGGACCAGCGGAUGUCUGCGACCGGCUUCGAGGAGACGGAGCUGACGUACACGUUGCACGACGAGGACCAGAAAGACAGCGAAUCGGAUGAUGGGGACGAUGCGGCUUCGUCGGAUGCGGCCAGCAGGAGCCCGUCACCUGCCGAUCUCGAACGUUCGUCCUAUUCGCCCGACGCUCCCGUCGCUCUAACGGAACAGCCGAUGAUGGGACGGGCAGGAGGGACCCACACGACAACGACGACGACACACUCAGGUCAUCAUCAAGUGACAGCCGGCAACAGCAACCAGCUGUCGUCUAGAAUUCUCAAUCAUCCAUCAGGAUCAACCACCAGAGGAUCAGCUGGUGGAGGAGGUGGUGCCGGUCGGGGCACUUCAAUUACAGAGCCGUCGGUCGGCCACCAAACGGCGUCGUACGCCAACGGUCCGCGCCACGCAACUUCUUCUUCUUGUGCCACCACCACCACAACUUCUUCUUCUUCAUCAUCUGUCACAACUAACCACCACGCCACCAAUAGCAGCGGAGGAGGAGGGAAGAACACGACGGCGGUCGUUUCGGCACCGGCACUCGUCUCGUGUCCAGUCAAUUUGACGCCUAGCCAAUUGGCCAGCCUUGCGGCCAACCUGCCGGCCCUGUCCGGACUCUCGUUGCCUCACUUACCCCGUGGUACCAAUUUCGCCUCUUUGCUGGCCUCCGCUUCUUCUCUGCUCACGGGUGUCGGUGCCGUCGGUGGAGUCCUGACAGGAGGAGGAGGAGGACCGGGAGGUUUGGCAACGUCGUCCGGCAAAUCUCCGGCGUCGGCAGCCGAGACGUCCGUAUCACGCAAACACCUACCGCGACUCAUUUCUUUAGCUCAUGUGGGAGCGGCCUUACAACAACAAUCCAACAGUGCCAAAGACGCCAGCAUCAAGUCGACGACGAGUCUGAUGGCUGCCGAUCAAAGGAGCGAUAGCGCUCAAACUGCUGGCCCUGGUGGUGGUGGUAGCAGCAGUCAUCCGGCUCUCAAUUUGCAGACGGCUACAACGACAUCGACAACAACAACAUUGACCGCAAAUCGAGAUAAAAAAGGAGGUGGUUCGAGCAAGAGCCGUGCUGGUGCCAAGAAGAACAAGAAGUGACGGGCGACUAUAGAAGAAAAACGACAAAAUCUUAUUUAAUACAAAAAAAAGCAAAUGAAGAAAAACGAAAAAAACCCACAAUCUCGAGCGACACGAUGACGUGUCAAAUAGCAAAACAUAAAAGAAGCCUAAACAAAAUUUGAUGAAAUCCUCGUGUUGUGUUCUCUCUAAUGUGCCUUAAUUCAUUGAAUUAUUAUUAUUACUAUUAUUAUUAUUAUUAUUAUACUCUUAUAUCAGAACAAGUUGACAUUAAAUCAAUCAAGUUCGUAUGGUGUGUGUGUGUGUUUUCUCCUAAUAUUUACCCGUGUCACGGCGAGCGGGAAAGAAGUAAAAAAAAAAUAAUGAUUGACGCCCUGGCACCCGUUUACAACAUCUCCUUUCUUUCUUUUUCUAUUAUCUAUUCAUGUUAUCUUUUCUUGUGUGUGUGUCCGUGUGUGUGUGUGUGUGCGAAUUUAUUUCUUUAUUACGUACAUCAUUUCAAUUUUCUUUUUAGAAUUUUUUUUUCUUUCUAGUUUCGUUCUUUUUUUUUUGGUUUUGUUGUUUGUUUGUUCUCUCAGCUGAUCGCGUGAAUUUGUAGUUCCUCCUGAAAAAAGAAAACUGAACAGCCACCCCGGA